AUGCCGGGCGCUGGCCACGCCUCCCGUAGCAGAUUCCGGAGCCGCGCGCGGACGCCGGUUUCCCCUGCUCUCCUGGGACCCUCGGGACCUACCCCUCCCGGGCCUCUGUGGGCCGCAGGCUGGGCUGCGGGCGCCACCGCCCAUAUCCCUGAGAGCCCCAUAGGACAAAGGCUGCAGGCCCUGCGCGCUCCGGUGGCCCUGGCGCGCGCGGGCACUCGCUCGUACCGGAAAGCCCGCGCUCCGGCCGCCACGCCCCCAGCAGAUGCACUUUCACCGUCUCGCGCGGGAGGGUGCAGUGGCCUCUACGGGGCCCCUCACCCCAUACCAGGCGGCGUCACUGAGGCCCGGGUGCUCAAGGUCACCAAGGCUGUUGACAUCGACCAAGGUCCCAGCUCCUGUCGGGCAGCCUUCCCUACAGGCCCAAACCUGGGUCUGGCCGGUCUGGGCGUGUUGCAGGCGCCCCAGUGCUUUCAGUUCUUCCAGGCGGCGGGGACCCAGAGGGACGGGGAGCCAGAGCCUGGAGGGCUGACCCCGCAAGGAGAGGCGGGGCCCGAGGCGGGCCGGAGGGAGGAGGAAGGAGUCGGAGGAGGAGGGGACGCCGCGCCCCAGUGCCCUCGCCAUCCAGUGCCCGGAUACCCGGCCCUCGCUCCCCGCCCCCGGCCGUCGGCUCCCAGAGAGCCCUCACCGCGGCUCUCGGCCCCCACCUCCAGGCCGGGCUCAGCACCCCAGCCCCGGUCGCGCCCCCUCCCACGUUCCCCUGUCCCGGGAUCUACUGCCCCCACCGCGACACCACGCCCCACGUUCCGCACACCGGUGGCUUCGCCCCUCCCCCAGGCCCGGCUCGCGUCCCCCCGCCCCCAAUCGCGUCCCAGACCCGGGAUCUCCCCCUCCCCCCACUCACGCCCGGCCCGGGUCCGCAUCCCCGGCCCGGCCGCGCCCCGUCCCGCGUCCCCGCCCCCGGGCCGCGUUCCGGCGGCGCCACAGGCCUGCUAG